AUGCUUUACUGUCAUUUCUCUGAUGUUGGCUGUCCUGUUUUGCAGAAAGAGAUUUUGUUGGACAAAGCUCCCGAGCUGGUGGACACAGCUCCUAUCCUAGUGGCUGAACCAUCCCCAACGCAAAAAGAAGAGGCAACCGAGUCGAUUGAUGUAGGUGUGAUAGAGAACGCCCUCGACUCCAUGGGCAAGACAAAGAAGAAGCUCAUCGUCGAGAAGGAGGAACUCAACGAGCUCAAAGAAGAGUUGGCCGAGUACAAAGAGGAUGUUGAAGACCUGAAAGAACUGCCGGCUGAGGAGAUACAGGUUAAGGAGACGAAGGCGGCCAAGAGACUGUUCAAGGUCGUUAACAAAAUGAUUAACAAGUUGGACGCGCAUGUCGAGAAGCUGGAAGAGAAGGGUGAGACGCUCAAGAAGGACAUCUCGCAGUUGGAUGUCGAGAAGGAGGCUAGUGAUAAACAAGAAGAAGUACUCCGCAUCGACGAGGUACUGGAAGCCAUUCGCAAACUGCAGGAAGUUGGCGAUGAAUCGCGGUUGGCGCGCAUCAAGGAGGUGCUAGCUAAGAUGGAUGAUGACCUUGACGGAGCCAUUCGACUCGACACUGUUCUCAAGGUGAUAGACGAAAUCGGCAGUGACAGUCUCAAACUCAGCCGGAAACAGAUGGACGAAAUUGUCGAGUUAAUUAAGAAGGAGGAGGAGCUGGAGGAGGCGAGCAAGGAGUUGGCGGCCGCUAAGGAGAAGGAGAAGGUCGCCAAAGGAGGGUAACAGGUCAAGGAGAGGUAGGGUGGGGGGUGGUAGAGAACAGGAGAAGAGGGGAAGUGAUGGUGUCACCUAUAAAUUAACAAAAGCCACUUGAUAUUUUGUCGAAACCACUAAUUUAUAGAAACAAUUUGAGAUAUUAGUCUCGGUUGUUACACCAGUCUAGUAAAUUUGAAUCUAACAACCGAAACUAGUAUCACAAACUGUUUGGAUAAAUCAGUGGUACGUUCUUGGAACACGGUAAAGCUGGUAAAUUGUUCCAGUUCCUGUGGUACAUUGGUCCAUGUCACGUGACUGGUGCAAAACUACUAUUUGUUACCAUGGAACGCCACUUCAAAAUCAUUGGUUUAAGCUUUUGGUGCGCACUUUUUGGAGUUUAUUUCCACCAAAGUGUGUCGUUUACUAGUCUGCUGUACAAAUUUACUUGCUGAGAGAAGUGUGCACUCCAUCACUCUCAAAUAUUCUAAAAAGAAGACAUCAUUCAACGAAUGGUGUAUACAUUAUUUUGUUGAUUUGUUGGUUAUGUAUUCUGUGGAUAUUCUAUGGUCAGCCAUCGCUCUCAAAUAUUCUCAAAAGUAGAAAUCUUUCAACGAAUUUUGUAUACACUAUAUUGUUGAUUUGUUGGUUAUAUAUUCUAUGGCUAUUCUAUGGUUGACCAUAGCUCUCAAAUAUUCUAAAAAGAAGAAAUCAUUCAACGAAUGGUGUAUACGUUAUUUUGUUGAUUUGUUGGUUAUGUAUUCUGUAGCUAUUCUAUGGUCGACCAUCGCUCUCAAGUAUUCUAAAAAGAAGAAACCAUUCAAACGAAUGGUUAUCAAACAUUAUUUUGUUGAUCUGUUGAUUAUAUAUUCUGUGGCUAUUCUAUGGUCGACCAGAAAACUAUCUGGCGGUUCGUCCUAUCCACCAAUGAGAGCUUUCGAAUGCGGUAGAUUUUACCUACAUAAGACUGCGAGACAGGAUUUAUUUACCGGUAAACGGAUUUUGUAACAUUUUACUGUAUAACAACUGUCAGAAUGUUUCUUAAGGGACGCAGGACUUUUUAGCGGUAAAUUGUGAAUAGAACAAUCUAUCACUUAUAACAAUUUACAGUGUGACGUGAUGGUAUCACCUAAAAAUGAACAACAUCGACUUGUGAAAUACCGUGUUCCCAGAAUGUGCUCGAUAUCAAGUCGGUUUUAUUUAUUAGGAAUAUCUAACACAGCAUCAUCUCCCCAACAACACAGGUACCUAAAAAAAUCAUGAUAAUAUUACAAUGAGAAAGAGUUUAAGUAGAUGAGUUGGUUAGAGAGGUCCGGAUUACACUACAGUAAGAUUUACCUCAAACUGUUAGCUUUGAUGUUAUUAAUCGUAAGGAAUUCCGGUGAGAAUGGGUGGGUGUCAUUGUAGAUAUACUGAAAAAAGUGUAGAGGAGCUUUCAAAGACCUGAUACAAAACCACAAUUAAGUUGAACUAAAUCCGAAGAGAUAGUUAUCGUUCAAAGACCUGUUACAGGAUCGCAAGGAAGUUGAACUACAUCUGAAGAGAUGGUGUUCGUUAGUUAUUGAAACCACGGUAUAUAGAAGACGUAUUCUCAUCUUAAUACCGUGAUUGAAACUAUGAAGCUAACAUCAGUUAAACUAAAUCUGAUGAUUAGAAAUUUCGAACGAACUCAAGGACAACAUAGAGUUUAACUACAGAUCCAUUGUUAAUAAUGUACAAGAAAUAGAAGUACGGUUGAAUUUUCAAAUCAAAUACUUUGCUAGUAAAAAGUGACUUGAUUAUUUAGAAUGUUGUAGCUAUUGCUUGAAGCUAACCUAUUGAUUAGCUUGCUACAAUAUUAUCAUGGUGACUUGUAAAAACUGGACAGGAACUAGGCAAAUGAAGCUAUAAGCUUAAACUAAUGUUAAAACAAUUUAGUUGACUUGUAAAAAAUGGACAAUGAAGAGCGUUAGUAAUCCAUCAUAGUUCAUCGGUUAUGUUUUUCUUUCAAAA